GAUGAUUUCGCAUAAUUAGGCAAUAGAACUCACAUCAUUCAAAUAAAAAAGAAACCAGCGAAGAAACAUGUAGGGGAACAAGUGAUUUAUUUAGGUGUUUAUAACUAACAAAAUGUCAACCCCGGCUGGUGGAAGUUCCACCGGGGCAUCGACACCAAGUUCCGCAGGAAAGAAAGGCGAGAGCGACUCGAUGAGUUCUCAGUCCACGACCUCCGUGUCCAGCGUUGGAAGGAUCAUAUCGCUGGCCACAAAGGGAGAAUGGAGUGUACUGGACCAGAUCCUAAGGGGUCUGGACAAGGGGACGUCAGAUAUAAACACACCUGACGAGGAGACUGGCAUGACGCCGUUGAUGAUAGCAGCCAGGGAGAACAAGUUAGUACUUGUAGAGAGACUACUCGACCUUGGAGCAACAGUGAAUGACAAAGCAAAAGAUGGCAGGAUGGUGAUGCAUUUUGCUGCUUCCUAUGCUAAAGACGAUAUAAUAAAACUUCUUAUUAACAGGAAGACUGAAUCAAAUAUAACAGGAGGGCCAAAGGACCAACUACCACUUCAUAUGGCAUGUUCUCGGUCCAAUGGUUCUGUAGGAAUGGUGCAAAUGCUUGUAAAAGCCUCUGGGAAAGAGAGCCGUCUUGCACAAGAUAAGGAUGGCUUAACCGCUCUGUUCCUUGCAGCAGAGUGUGGAAAUACUGCUGUGUGUAGAGAAUUGCUGACCAGUCAAGCUGAACAGCAGAUCAAAGUACAGCGACAGGAUAAUGGUGAUCAUGUGUUACAUAUUGCAUGUAGGAAAAAAGAUAUUGAACUUGCUAAGUUGUUCAUUGAUAGCGGAGCCUCUGUUUCAUGUAAAAAUGAUGAAGGUCAUACACCACUACACAUCAGUGCAUGGGAGGGAGAUGAACCAAUGAUGAAAUACCUCUACAGUGUCAAAGCUAAUCCAAAUGUCUAUGACAGACUUGACCGCAGUCCACUGCACAUUGCAGCUGAGAGAGGAAACACCAGCAUAGUUGAACUGUUGGUUGAUAAGUUCAAGGCCAAUGUCGCUGCAAGGACAAAAGAUGGCAGCACUCUCAUGCAUAUAGCAUCAGAGUAUGGUCACCCAGACACAGCUAUGCUGUUCCAGAAGAAAGGAGUGCCUUUACACAUGCCAAAUAAGUCAGGAGCUGUUUGUUUGCAUGCAGCUGCCAAAAGAGGGCACAACUCAGUAGUGAAAUCUCUGCUGCAGAAGGGGGCAUGUGUAGAUUCAAAGACAAAGGACAACUACACUGCCAUCCACAUUGCAGUCCAAUACUGCAAGCCCCUGGUUGUGCAAACACUGCUUGGGUUUGGGGCGGAGGUAGAAAUAAAAGGAGGGAAGGAGAGGGAGACUCCUUUACACAUAGCAGCCCGAGUGAAGGAUGGAGACAAGUGUGCAGACAUGCUGAUAAAGAGUGGAGCAGAUGUGAAUGCAGUCAAAGAGGAUGGGGAGACUGCCCUCCAUAUAGGUUGUAGAGAGGGCAAUCUAAGAAUGGUACAAACCUUGCUUGAAGAGGCGGCAGACUUAACAUGGCAGUCAAAGUCUGGUGAGACGCCACUGCAUGUCGCUGUACGCUACUGCCACCUGGAGGUAGCUAAGGAACUACUCAGUCAUAUGAUCCAGUUUAAAUCAAAGAUUGAUGCCAUCAUGCUAGUCAACCAACAAAAUUCUGAAGGAGAGACAGCAGUUCACUUUGCUGCAGAGCUCAUUAAGACGAUGGUACACAAAGAGUAUGAAGAUACAGACCUUAUCAAACUCAUGCUGGAGUAUGAGGGGGAUGUCAAUAUGUCCACUAAACUUACCCAGGAGACCCCCAUUCAUUACUGUGCCAGGGCAGGGAAUGAGGAUAUUCUAAUGGAAAUAGUGAAGAACAUCCAACCUCAGAAGCUUGUGGCAGCUGUUAAUAAACAAGCAAAGAAUGGCUGGUCACCUCUGCUUGUAGCCAGUGAAGAGGGACAUUUAGAAAUAGUGAAGAUCUUACUGCAAAAUCAUGCCAGGGUUGAUGUUUUUGACGAGCAUGGUAAAGCAGCUCUGCAUCUAGCUGCAGAAAAUGGACAUGAUGAGGUGGCUGAUGUACUCCUACUGGCCAAGGCAUUUGUCAAUGCUAAAUCAAAGCUGGGUAUAUCUCCACUCCACCUUGCAGCACAGAAUGGCUUUAACAAACUCAUAAAGCUUUUCAUUGAGAAACACGGAGCUGUUAUAGAUGCUUUGUCGCUGGCAAAGAAGACACCAUUACACAUGGGUGCACAGAAUGGUCAAAUAGAAGUCUGCAGUUCUCUCAUUAAGAUGAAGGCUGAUGCUAAUGCUACGGAUGUGCAUGGACAGACACCACUCCAUCUUGCUGGGGAGAAUGAUCACUCUGAUGUUGUGAAACUCUUCCUGAAACACAAACCAGAGCUGGUAACCAUGGCAAACACUAAUGGUAUGACAUGCGCCCACAUUGCAGCCAUCAAGGGUAGUAUAUCUGUACUGAAGGAACUAAUGCGAUUCAAUAAGAUUGUUGUUACUACAGCAAGAAAUAGGACGAACAAUUCCACUGCCCUCCAUCUGGCCGCUGCAGGAGGUCAUCAGAUAGUAGUAAAAUGUCUGCUAGAGGCUGGGGCAUCUGCAACUGAUGAAAAUGCUGAUGGUAUGACUGCUAUUCACCUAGCAGCAAAGCAUGGUCAUGUUAACAUUCUAGAGGCUCUAAAGGGACAUGUCUCCUGGACCAUGACAAGUUCAAAGACGGGUAUGACAUGUCUACAUGUAGCAGCACACUUUGGCCAGAUAGAGUUUGUGAGGGAGCUACUUACAAAGGUUCCCGCUACAAUCAGCAGUGAACCUCCAGACCCUGGUGAAGGCAUGGUCGGAUCAACAGAGUUUGGCUUGACCCCACUCCAUCUUGCAGCCCAGUCAGGACAGGAGGCUUUGGUUCGUCUGCUUCUCAACUCUCCAGGGGUUCAGGCAGAUGCUCAGACUGCAGUACAGGGUGCAAUACCUCUCCACAAUGCCUGUCAGAGUGGACAUACAAAUGUGGUCAGUCUACUACUCAGUAAAUCCACCAACCAGUUGCACCUCAAGGACAAACGAGGCAGGACAGGACUCCACCUGGCUGCAGCUAAUGGCCAUUUGGAUCUGGUGUCUCUCUUACUUGGCCAGGGGGCUGAUAUUAACAGCUGUGAUAAAAAUCAAUGGACAGCCCUUCACUUUGCUGCCAAGGCAGGCUUCCUGAGUGUUGUUAAACUGCUUAUAGAGAGUGGUGCAUCUCCUAAUUAUGAAUCCAAAGAUGGCAAGGUUGCUGUCAACUUUGCAGCAUCAGCCAACCAUAGUGAUGUAGUGAGCUUCCUUAUGAAGAAAGAUCACAAUACUGAGCGCUUGAUGCAAGAUAAUAAGUUUGUGUUUGAUCUGAUGGUCCUCAGCAAGAUGAAUGACAAUCGCAGCAUCCGAGAGUUCAUCCUCCUCUCACCUGCACCAGCAGAUACAGCAGCAAAGAUGGCUAAAAACUUCAUUAUAUUGUCCUUCAAGGAGAAGGAACGUUCCAAGGAUCUGACUCUGGCCAGUGAAUACUGUGAAUCAAUGGCUGUGGAUAUAAUGUCAAUAGCUGCUAGUGGCAACUCUGCAGGAAUGCUAUUGAAAGCUCUCGAUAGUAAAGGAACACCAUUUUUGGAUGUUUUAAUAGAAUGUGAACAAAAACAUGUGAUGUCUCAACCAUCAGUACAAAAAUAUUUAUCUGAUGUAUGGGUGGGGAACCUGCGCUGGGCAUCUUGGAAACGAAUUAUGCUGUUCAUGGCAUUUCUCUUCCUCCCUCCAGUAUGGAUUGCGUUUUCUCUACCAUUGCGCCAUCGGUUUAACAAAAUCCCUAUUAUAAAGUUCAUGGCGUAUCUAGUCUCUCAUAUAUAUUUAAUAUUACUUUACUUCCUGACAAUUGUCUACCCUCUACGACCAAUCUGGGAAUCUGAGAGUCUCAUACCAACCUGGUAUGAAUGGCUGUUAUUAGCAUGGCUCUCUGGGAUGCUGGUAUCUGAGUUGACAAACCCUGGAGACCGAGCUGGACUUGGUUGGAUCAAGGUUAUCAUCGUCGCCAUAAGUGCUAUGGCUGUUACAAUCCACAUCAUCGGAUUUGCCUUCUCAGGCGAAGACAGACUUGUGUGUUUAUAUGUCAGGAAUCAAUUCUUUGGAUUCGCUUUAUUACUCUGCUUUGUGACUGUACUAGACUUCUUAUCAUUCCAUCAUCUGUUUGGACCAUGGGCAAUUAUCAUCAGAGACCUCAUGAAAGACUUAACCAGAUUCAUGGUGAUCCUUUCAAUAUUUAUUCUUGGAUUUACCCUCCAUCUAGCAGCAAUAUACCAACCAGUUUUUGCUGAGCCCACUUAUAAUGUGACACUGGGAGAUGGUACAGGAGGAGGAGGUGCCCAAGUUGACAGCCCUCUCGACACUUUAGAGCUACUUUUCUUCGCUCUAUUUGGCCUCGUAGAGCCAGAAAACCUACCACCAAUAAACAGGAGCCCAGUAUGGUCAAUUACAUUAGUCAAAGCUGUAUUUGGAAUUUACCUUAUCGUUACACUGAUUGUGUUGAUCAAUCUGCUCAUAGCUAUGAUGUCAGACACGUAUCAACGAAUUCAGGCACAGUCAGACACUGAGUGGAAGUUUGGGAGGGCUAAGUUGAUUAGAAAUAUGAAUAAGACAUCUGCAACCCCAUCACCAUUGAAUCUCUUCACCAAGCUGUUCCAGUAUAUCAGGAUCUUCUACAAACACAGAGGUAAAUUGUUUAGUGGACAUGCAAGUGAGUACAUGGCUGAGGAAGAAGACAUGGACACAUUCUCAGACAACAAAUCGGUUGACAUACAUGCUGCACACUCUGGGGCUAAUUGGUUGAGGAAUGUUGUACGAAGGGCCACCCAGGUUGCCCCUGAAGGUGGAUUUUUAAGAAUUCAAGAAAAUGGUGGCAAUCGGAGUCCAUUGCGUAUAGAUGAGGUUAUUAAUUGGGAGAAUGUUGUCACAAAAUAUCUUGUCAUGAAUGGCUUCAUUGACCCAGAAGAUUCACAACUGAAAGAGGAUGGGGAGAAUUUUGAUGAAACAAUGAAAGACUUCAAUGAUAAAUCAAAAGAAAAUGGAAUGAAAUAAGUUAUAUGAAAUAAUUAUUGUAAAUCAUAAUUAGGAUACAGACUGAUUCCAAAAAUGAAUAUCAAAAAUGCUAAUAUUUUGAUGCACUGUAUCACUUAUAAAUACUACAUACA